AAGUUAGAGAGGACCUGCUGAACAUCACAACAUUCCUCGAUCCAAGGUUUAAAUCAAAAUACAUGAACACAGAGGAGAUGAGGAUCGUGAAGGAACAAGUGAUCUCUGAGGUGGCGGUGGAAAUUCACCAGCAGCAGCCUGGACCUCAGCACACCACAGUGAUGAAGGAUAGCCCAGAUUUGGACAAUUCACCACCUGCAGCUAAAGCUAAGAAGAAAACUUUAGCCAGUUUCUUCCAUAACAGCACACCAUCAGCAUCAACAACACCAGCUACCUUGAUGGCACAGUCCAAGGAUGCAGUGACUACUGAACUCAACACAUACACUUACAUGCCUGGUGCCGAUCAUGAAGAAGAUCCACUGAAAUGGUGGAAGUGCCACAAAAUAAAUUUCCCUUUGCUGUCCAAACUAGCACAGAAAUAUCUGUGCAUACAAGCAACAAGCUCUGCGUCCGAAAGAGCUUUCAGCGCAAGCGGUAAUGUUGUCUCAGCCCAUCGCUCCUGUCUGAAACCAGAAAAGGUUGAUAUGUUGUUUUUUUUUAAUCAAAGAACCUCUAAAGUGGUGGUACCCUUUUAGAAAGAGGAUAUGGAAUAACAAGUUCAUUGUUUAAAAAAUAAUGUACAGUGGUAUUUUUAUUGCUUUUGGUGUGGUUAACUGAUUCACUUUAAGAGGAAGUUUUAGUAGGAUACAACUUAUAGUCCAUUAUUAAAAUUUAACCACUGAUUUUUG